UGUAAUCCUACUCGCCUCGGCAUUCCCUCUGGCACAGUCUUCCCGAAGUUUGGAGAGUUUCUGGGGAGACUGCCCAGCCGAAAACUGGAUGACUAAAAGGUCCAGUUUAGCUCAUUAUUUUUUUGUUAGGUUAGGAUACAGAGAUUACUGCUGAGGGCUUCCUCGGCAGCCACAAACUUUUUAGUUAGACCAGUUUGCCGUUCGAAAACUACUCAUCUCUGUUCCUUCAUGACGGACUGUUUUUCGGGUGCCAGUCUCAGGGCUGGCCCCGGUUCUCUGUUCAAGUGUACCCAUAGACACCCUUCGCCUGUGAGAUUCAGAAUCAUGUCUACCGGAUUUCUUCUCUCCCUUCUUCUCUUUAUUCUGGCUUCACUUGUCCAAAGUUCUACAGCGCAAGAUGAAUUAGUCCCUCCAAGAUGCGGUGGCUGCACGGUCGUAGGAAACUGUAAAUGUAUAGGAGAGAAAGGAUCGAGGGGUCCCCCAGGUCUCAUUGGACCAGAAGGCCCACAAGGCAAUCAAGGAUUUCAGGGCCCAGAGGGCCUGCCGGGUCCUAAGGGCACCAAAGGUGAACCCGGUCUUCCUGGCCCACUUGGCGAAAAAGGCAACAGGGGGAAGAUGGGCGUACCCGGAUUUCCUGGCAUAAACGGCAUUCCUGGUAUCCCUGGUCAGCGAGGCCCAAGAGGCCCACCCGGCUUGGACGGAUGCAACGGAACACAAGGAGAUCCUGGUCUAUCUGGUCUGCCUGGCCUGCCUGGUUUAGAUGGUGGUCCAGGUAUUCCUGGUCUAAAAGGUCAAAAAGGUGAACCUGCUGAAGGAGGUCCUAGGAUCAAGGGUCAAAAGGGUGAAUCUGGCCCACCUGGGUUUCCUGGACAACCUGGCUUUCCGGGACAAGAUGGGCCCAUUGGACCUAAAGGUGAUGCUGGUCUACCUGGAAUUCCGGGCUUGCCAGGAGAACCAGGUAUGAAGGGUGAAAAGGAGCAAUGGGCAUUAAACUGAUUGGUCCUCAAGG